AUGGACGAAUCACCAUUAGCAUUUUUUAGUGAUCAAGCUAAAAAGUGUGUCAAUGAUAUUGAUACAGUUAAUGAAAUAAAUGGAUGUAUCAGCAAAAAGCGAACGACACCUGUUUUAUUCUUUAAAGGAAAAGGUCACGCUAGUGCUGAUGAACGUCAACAAUACUCAAAGGGUGUACACGUUAUAUUUUCACCAAAAGCAGUUAUUAAUGUGCCAUCAAUGAAUACAUUUAUUACAAAGUGGUGGAAAAUGGUUGUUGUAUCUGUUAUACCCAAAGGAUGCACACAAUAUUUGCAAGUUCUUGAUACAUCUGUUUUUAGUGUAUUUAAAAACCAGUAUCAAGCAGCUAUUGAUGAAUAUAUUGAUCGUUAUGGUUCAUUUAGUAAGAUGAAAUUGUCAGCUAGAGAACAACAAAGUAUAUGUGCUCGUUUCACUUGUGCAGCAUGA